AUGACGAUGAUUCUCGCCUCCACCGUGCCCCGCGUCGACGGCGUCGCGACGCGCGCGGUGACGCGAGAGGGACGAUCGACGACGACGAGCGCUAAACCUGGUCGCGAGAGCGUGUUCGCGACGAGAAUCGGACGAAGCGAGCGCGUCAAGGCGACGAGAACGGCGACGGUGGUACGAUCGGCGAGCGAUGCGAUACCGGACACGUUCCAGAUGCCGUUCAGACCUUCGCCGAGCGGGUCGACGGGUAAGGGAAAGGGAUUCUUAGAGAUUUGGUUCGGCAAGGAUGAAGCGAACGAGGGUAAGACUCGACCGCCGCCGUACCUACGAAUCCUGGCGUGUUUGCCGUUUCUCAUUCCGAUCAUGGGGACAAUCGCGUUCACGCACAGCGCGUACGAGAUGAUGCCAAUCUUUAAGCACGCGAUGGUCUUCUUCGCGCCGGCGAUGCAGCUCUUUUACGGGAACCAGUUCAUUCCCUUUGUCACCUUUUUCGCGUUGUUUUUGCUCGUCGUGCGGAACGAAAAGAUGCCGUAUUUCGUGCGUUAUUGCACCAUGCAAGCCAUCUUGCUCGACAUCUGCUGCAUGUUGGGGGGGUUGAUCAUGCAAUACAUGCCGAUCUUCGUCAUGGUGAGCGUUUUCGGGGAGUGGAUGGAGCUCUGGAUCUUCGCUAACUCCUUCUUCGCGCUCGGGUACUCCAUCUUCAACGCACUCCAAGGUUUGAUUCCGGAAGCGCCGUUGAUCUCCGAGGCGGUGUAUGCGCAGGUGCAAGAGGCGAGAGAGCAAUUCAUGGAUGAGGAGGAAUAA